GUGAGUCUGAUGUGACUAUUCUCGGGUGAUUUGAUUACCGCCAGUGUAACAUUUGGUACAUGAGGUUUUCCAAGGACUUCUGGCAAAAGACGCUUGCAUCGGGCAAUCAGGUUGGCAAACUUUAUGUUUGGGAUUCAGCAGUGGAAGAUCCUCAUAAAGCCAAAUGUACAACACUGACUCAUGAUGAAUGUGGUGCUGCUACGCGACAAACCAGUUGUAGCAGGGAUAGCAGUAUUCUUAUAGCUGUUUGUGAUGACACCAGUAUUUGGUGCUGGGACCGACUUCGAUACAAUACUUUGUCCUAAUCAAAGUUAGAGCUUGUUUUCUCUGUAUAACAGAUGAAUGUAACUUGCCAGGAAGGCCACAUAGAGCGUUUAGAGUUGUCUUUCAGCAUUCAGUCAGGCUGAGCUGAAUGUAGUGAUGUUUACAUUGUUUAUAUUCUUUGUACUGUCUCCUGCUCAGACUCUAUUGCUUGCAGUAACAAUUCAUUUGUGUAAAGCUGUGUGUUAGUUUAUUUUCAUUGUUAUAAAAAGAACUGUUGAAAGUAAUAAAAGUAGGCCCUUUUUUGUAAUGA